AUGGCUAAGUGCUACAUGUUGGCAUCUAUAUCUUCAGUACUCAAGCAUCAACAUUCUGCCAUGGCGACUGCCGCCGAGAUUAUGCAAAAUCUUAUUGAGGUUUUGGGAGGGACGAUUGAUCCCGAGUCCCAGAUUACUAUAAUCCUUCAAAGUCUUCCCCCUAGCUUCCAGCAGUUCAAGCUCAACUUUGAGAUGAACAAGCGGGAUUACACUUUGGCUGAGCUGCUGACUGAGCUUCAGUCGGCGGAGGACCUCAUGGUUCAGGCUAAGAUAGCUAUGCUGAGUUUGGCACCUAAUCUCUUGUCACGACCGCAUUUUGCUAAGGAUAGCGAAAGCGGACUUGGUCAUGCCAACGAAAGAAGGAUUCAUGCUAUGGUUGAUCAAGAUCUUAUUAAAGGUCUUGAGAAGGAGCCGUUUUCAAAAUGUGAAUCCUGUUUAGAAGGCAAGAUGACUAAGAGACCUUUUAUGUCAAAGGGUAAUAGGGCCAAGGAAGUACUUGAGCUCGUUCAUACUGUUGUGUGUGGACGAAUGUCAACUGAGGCAAGGAGCGGUUUUCGAUACUUCAUCACCUUCAUUGAUGACUUCUCGAAAAUUGGAUACGUCUAUUUGAUGCGCUACAAGUCUGAAACUUUUGACAAGUUCAAGAAGUUUAAGGCUAAGGUAGAGACGCGUCAUGACUGGGCGAAAGCCCAAUCUGGAACAUCUCAGAGUGUGGGGGUGUCCGGCUCAUGUAUUGGAAAAGGAUCCAACUAA